AUGGGAUGUUAUUUAGCAGCUUUACCAAUCCAAUACGAAAGAGAGGCAUUACCUAACCCUGUACGCCGAAGGAUAGCUCUGAAAGCACCUGCGAAAAAGAAAUUAGCAGUACUUGUGCCCUUCAGAGAUCGCUUCGAAGAGCUUCUAGAGUUCAUUCCUCACAUGUACAAUUUCUUAAACAAACAGAAAAUACCAUUUCACAUAUUUAUUGUACAACAGAAGGAUAAUAAUCGUUUCAACAGAGCUUCUUUAAUAAACGUUGGGUUUAUUUACACUCAAAAGGAGUUUGACUACAUAGCUAUGCAUGAUGUGGACUUGUUGCCCCUAAAUGAUAACUUGAAGUACGAUUAUCCGAUCGCUGGACCCAUGCAUAUCUCAUCACCACAAACACACCCGAAAUAUCACUAUGAGACAUUUAUUGGUGGCAUAUUAUUAGUGAAGAACGAACAUUAUAAGUUAGUGAAUGGUAUGUCGAAUAAUUAUUGGGGAUGGGGGCUCGAAGAUGAUGAAUUCUAUGUGAGAUUAAAGGAUGCUAACCUGACAGUGGCUCGGCCAAGUAACAUUACUACUGGAAUUGAUGAUACUUUUAGGCAUAUCCACGACAAAACGUACAGAAAGCGUGACAUGAGGAAAUGCUUCAACCAACGUGACGUGACACGCCGACGGGACAGGAAAACUGGUCUCGAAGACGUCCAAUACAAACUUUUAAGCACACACAAUGUCGCAGUUGACGGGUUAGACUUCACUGUGCUGAAUGUGAAAUUAAUAUGUGAUAAGAACAGGACGCCUUGGUGUCAGUGUCCCGAACCAGUUAAACCUUCACCAGUUAAGUCAAAACCUUAA